AUGUCUCUCGGAAAAGAUGCUGACGCCUUCAAACGAGUCCUUCAUCGUCAGGACUAUACUUCAUGGCACUCGCAGCCCGCACCACCCAACCCAUCUGUUGCAUCUACAUCUGCAUCUGCAUCAGUCUCCGCAUCCACCUCUGAAGCGACACCAAGCGCUACUAAGAAGAAACGACCGAAGCCGAGCACGUCUCGAUCCAAUAUCGUGUAUUCACAACCUGCGGACACUGGAACUGGAACCAAUAUUAAUACACAGCUUGUCUAUGCGAUAGACCAUUUGAAGUCGACGCAUAAUCCCAUGCGUCUCCAGGAUAUAGCGAUCGUUACGGACACGCCGCUAGACACUGAUAUGGUCCUGCUGGAGAAAUUCAAAUCGCACGAUCGGAUUUUGUGGGAUCCGAAGACUGAUCUUUACUCGUAUCGCCAUGAGUUCAGCUUUCGGAAUAAAGUUGCCCUCCUCACAGAAAUACAACGGCAGACGCGGAAAGGAGGCGGUAUCCCUGUUCGUGCGCUGAAGGAGUCGUGGAAAGAGGCGCCGCAAGCUAUUGAGGAACUGGAGAAAGAGGGGGAGGUUCUUGUGACAAGGACGGUGAAGGACGGUCAGUUGCGGAUGGUGUUUUGGAACGAGAUCAAGCCGGAUGACGAGAGUGGGGGGAAGCAAGUCGAGAAAGAAUUUUUCGAUCUGUGGCACUCGCUGAAGGUGCCAAACGACGUUGACCUGCUCAAAGCGCUGCAUGCUGGCACGUAUUUCGAACCCCUCCCUUUCAUUUUUUGUCUGACGGAAUAUACAGAGGGUCUCCAGGCUACCGCAGAAGAAACGCCAAUCCCCAAAGCACCGUCAAAUAAGAAGAAGGGCAAACGCGCCGCGCCACGACAACGACAAGCCAAGAUUACUAACACGCACUUGAAGGGCGAGAUUGACCUUUCAAGAGACUACGAGAGGAAAUAA